UAAUGGGAUCUUAAUGUCCCGGGGAGACUGGGGAGGACACACACAGGGGUGAGAGGCAGAGCUGGGCAGAUACAGAGUCAGACAGAGACACUGAGUAUCCAGCAGAGGAAAUACACUGUAUGGGAAGGAACAGAGGAAACAAAGUAACAGAAGCAAAGAGACGGCACAGGGCGAGAGAGGGGGAGACUCUGGGCCGAGGGUGAGAGUCAGAAGUGGGGUGAGAGUCAGAACUGCGGAGUGAGAAUUAAAAGUGGGGUGAGAGUCAGAACUGCGGGUGAGAAUUAAAAGAGGGGUGAGAGUCAGUACUCGGGGUGAGAAUUAGAAGUGGGGUGAGAGUCAGUACUCGGGGUGAGAAUUAGAAGUGGGGUUAGAGACAGAAGUGGGGUGAGAAUUAGAAGUGGGGUGAGAGUCAGAACUUCGGGUGAGAAUUAAAAGUGGGGUGAGAGUCAGAACUGCGGGUGAGAAUUAAAAGUGGGAUGAGAGUCAGAACUGCGGGUGAGAAUUAAAAGUGGGGUGAGAGUCAGAACUGCGGGUGAGAAUUAAAAGUGGGGUGAGAGUCAGAACUGCGGGUGAGAAUUAAAAGUGGGGUGAGAGUCAGAACUGCGGGUGAGAAUUAAAAGUGGGGUGAGAGUCAGUACUCGGGGUGAGAAUUAGAAGUGGGGUGAGAGUCAGUACUCGGGGUGAGAAUUAGAAGUGGGGUGAGAGUCAGUACUCGGGGUGAGAAUUAGAAGUGGGGUGAGAGUCAGUACUCGGGGUGAAAAUUAGAAGUGGGGUUAGAGACAGAAGUGGGGUGAGAAUUAGAAGUGGGGGUAAGAGUCAGAAGUGGGGGUAGAAAGUCAGGAGUGAGGGGCAAUAGGAUAGAUUAGUAGCGCAGGGGCAGAAUUCAGACACAGGGGUAGAAAGUCCGGCUGUGGAGGAGAGAGAGAUCCAGCAGGGAAACUACUGAAGGAAUAAUCUGCUCGGAUUGGACCCUCACAGACCCUAUCAAGCACCUGUUGGAAGAUGGAGAGUUCUUCUGGCCUUAUUAACCCUUUGACAUCUACAGCCCUUCUGGUGAUGGCCACCUCCUCCAAUGGAGCUCUUGGGGUCUCCCAACAGCCCCCCCUUUAUACUGUCCCCAUGUCUAUUGAUAAACCCCCUCAGAUUUCCUAUCUGAGCCCAGGCUACCCUCUUCUUUACCCUUCCCAGGAGCACCUGAAUUCUGGCUGCCCACCCCAACUUCUAUCCCUGCCCCCCCAGUAUGGACACCCCCGGCUGGAACGGGCUGGUGUUUUAGGGUACGGGGCACUGCACCCCUUUGGUGCCUUUCACCUUGCGGAAGGAGUGGAGAGGCUCCAAGCAGGGUAUCUGAACCCAAAGAGACUGAAGGGAGAAAGUGACCCUUCUCAGAUCCGGUAUGUGCCUAUGGAUACAGGGAUGGAAAGCCAACAUAUCCAGGGGACAUCAGGGGUCACCCCUACAUCUCACAGGAGCUCCCCCAAACCCAGGACAAGCUCCAGCAAAAGAGAUAAGAAGUCGGCCGUGUCGUUGCCUCUCCAGUGUCCCCUGUGCCACAAGUAUCUGCAGAAAGAUGAAUUGUCACGGCACCUGCAGCAAGAGAUGCAUCGUCUGACCCAGCAAGCACACAGUGAAUCAGACAGCUCAUCAGAGGCCACUCAGAACCUCAUACAGUCUCCAAAGCAAGCAGAAGAUUCGGCCAGCGAGUCCCCACUGGCAAGCUCUGAGGAUGGUCAGAAACUGGACAGGCAACAGAUUUACCAGCAGAUUAAGUGGAACCGCGAGGAACGCCUGGGAGCACGAGCAGGAAGGUGUAAGAAGGUCCGAGUCACCAAUGGGGAGAUGGAAGGAUCACCAUCUGUAAGGAAUGGCGAUGCUUCUGAUGGGAACCACUGGGAAGAAGAAAUAAGGAGGUCAGAGAAAGCCAUGAAUGUUGAGACAGAAUGCCGAGGGUCCCCUGCAAGCAGCUGUCCCACCCAUAGUGAAGAAUCAGAUAUAGAAGAGGGCUCAUCCUGCACAACAUCUAAUGAGAAAUGCCUGAAGACUCUGAGAAACAAAAUCCAGGAACUGACAGAGAAACUAAAAAACACUCACACGUGCCACAUUUGCUUGGACUCAUACAACAUUCCCGUUGCCUCCAUUCAGUGUUGGCACAUUCACUGUGAGGCCUGUUGGCUUCGAGCGCUGGGAACGAAGAAGCUUUGUCCUCAGUGCAACACUAUAACCUCACCAUGUGACCUACGCAGAGUGUACCUGUGACCUGAAAAGAUCUGAUUUUGUGGCUGUCUCACAUGCCACCCAGUUUCAUUAAUAAUAUACAGAAGAACUAUGGGUGGAGGACAACCAGCGUAUUUCAUAGCUCUCCCAUUGUGGAAUGUUACUGGCGUGACACCCCAAAGAGCUACCUUAACAACAUUGCUAGAAGUAGCACCCCCUGCAGAGAACCUCUAUAUAUUACAGCCUGCAAAGGGAGUUCAUGGUUUCUUCUCCCUCAAGGGAAUCCUUGACUUUGUAGACCUAAAGUACUUUCUUGGCUGCAAAAAGAGCAUUUUGGCUCACUCGUUCUGUAUUUUUGUCUCUCAUAAGAAGAUAGUCAGUUAAGGGUGUCUGACUAUCAAGAAUAUAUUUGGCUACAACUCCCUUCCAAAAGGACAGUUAUUUAUACAGGGAUAAAAACAAUAUUUUCUUGCCAACGUCAAGGUUUUUCCAGGGGAGAUCAUGUGAGAUUUGACUAAGGACUCAUACUUUGGGCUGCCAAACUAAGAACUAAAUCUCGUACCACCUUCCUCAGCUAUCAACAUGCAAUGGAGCACCAUCUUAUCCAUACAGUACUAUAUAAAAUGGUGCCUGGAAAAUGUACUACAAUAGGUGAAAAUUGAAUGAAGGGUUAUUCUUACUUAUUUUGGGCAAUUGUUUUUUGGUUUCUUGUAAAGUAUUACCUUAAGUAUUACCUUAAACAAAGAAGUUAUUAACACACAUUUUCUACAGCAGCCUUUAUUAAAUGAUGUCUUCUUGAAAUAUAACUCUACUGUGGUUUGAAUUGUUGCACUGGGAUUUUUUUUUCAGUUGAAAUGUGAUUAUAUGUGGUUGUGUUGAUUCGGAUAAUUUCGAUUAAAAAAUUGUUUCUGA